AUGAUAGGACGAAACCCAAUUAUGAUACGUUAUGGGCCGGUGGCGACAUUGUCGAUCAUAUUUGCCAUACUCGCAGGGAUCUCUAUCUUUCUCACAGAGGUCUAUUUGAACGCAAACUUCAAAACCCAAGUAAACAUGGAUAAUAGCACGUUGAAUAUCUUCGGUGUCAGUGGAUCCCCUGGUGUAAGCCCUAUAACCAUAAUAUCGAGACUCACGCUAACUACUAACACAGCUUGUAUUGUUCACUGGUCUCUUGUUGGCGCCUGUGGACAUCAGUAUACAGGCUCAUCAAACAACGCUUGUAUUCAAAAUCAAUUCGUCAAUAAUGUCGCCCUGUAUCUAAACGUAAAUACCAGUGUAAAUUGGAACUUAACAGCCCCAAUAGGCACGUUUGAUUCGUCAGUGGUACAAAAUCCUCCACCAGUGACAUACAUACCCGGAAGAAGACAAUUACCAGCAAAAGAAUAUGAUACGGUUCUGUCCAUGGAUCCAUUUCUUCCGUAUACGUUACAGAAGCAAGUAUCGACUCUUUACUACCCAUUUGAUCAGCACUCUGCAUAUGUAUCGCUGUUAGCCAUUGAUACUGACAGCAAUCAAUCACUGCCGAUAUCUGGCGUAAUUGGAUACGGAAGUAUGAUAAAUUGGAUCGGUUCUAGUGCGUUUUACCCGACUACAGCAGGGAACGAGAUGUUUUAUGCCCUGGCCCUAACCGUCGAGCGACAAAAAAUGGUCAAGGCGUUCGCCCUCCUCCUGGUUGUCAUAAACUGGACUCUCUCUGUCACCAUUUUAUGGAUGACAGUCCUAGUGCUGUGCCGUGCGAACGUCAAUGACAGCCUUAUCUUGACCUCGACAACAGUGCUUUUUGCACUUCCACAGAUCCGGGCGAGUAUGCCGGACUCUCCGCCAUUUGGUAAGUACCAGCAGCCCUAUAUUUCAGGUUACUUCAUGAACGUCUGUCUCGUCAGCAUCUGUACUUCAGUUCUCCUCUUUUCGCGAUUACAGUAUCAUUAUCGGCCAGUAGUUACAACAUCGGUGGAACUAAUGCGAUCACAGGGUGCUACAUUUCUUAUGAAUAGGGAAUGA